CAUGAAGCUGUCCUACUUUCCUCCGCCAAAGCCACCCAAAACGCUUCCGCAUCAACAAUUACACAAACUAGCUCAGGCCAGUUGGCAGUUGGCCUUGAGAUUCGGCAAGCGGACGACCAUCCAUGGCCUGGACAGGCUCCUCAGCGCCAGGGCCAGUCGGUGGGAGCGAUUCGUUUGGCUGUGCACCUUCGUGAGCGCCUUCCUGGGAGCAGUUUACGUGUGUCUCAUCCUCUCCGCCCGCUACAAUGAUGCCAACUUCCAGACGGUGGUGGAUAGUACCCGAUACCCGGUGUACCGGAUACCCUUUCCAGUGAUCACCAUUUGUAAUCGGAAUAGGCUGAACUGGGAGCGGCUGCCGCAGGCCAAAGCAAGGUUUAUGCCAAAUGUCAGUGAUAUAGAGCAACUGGAUCUAUUCGAAAGAAUCCUGGGUGGUUACGAUGAAGUAUACUUCGGGAAUUUCCAGUCCUUUGAGAGGUUGAGGAACCAACCCACGCAGCUGCUCAACUACAUCAACUUCAGCCAGGUGGUGGACUUAAUGACCUGGCGUUGCGAUGAGUUGCUUACGGAUUGCCUCUGGCGGCAUUUUGUCUAUAACUGCUGCGAUAUUUUCUCCAAGAGGAGGAGCAAGAACGGCCUUUGCUGGGCCUUCAAUUCCCUGGAGACCGAGGAGGGACGCCGCAUGCAGCUACUCGAUCCUCUGUGGCCAUGGCGAACUGGAUCGGCAGGUCCCAUGAGCGGCCUAUCCGCUCGUGUGCUUAUUCAGCCUGCCAAACACUAUCCGGGCCGGCACAAUGAGAAGGGCAUCGACGUGAUGGUCACUGAACCGUUUGUGUGGCACAGCAAUCCCUACUUUAUACCCGCCAAUACGGAGACCACGCUGGAGAUCGAACCCGUCAUCUACUUCUACGACAAUGACACGCGAAGUGUUCGCUCCGAUCAGAGGCAGUGCGUCUUCGAUGACGAGCGCAAUAGUGAUGACUUUAAGUCUCUACAAGGAUAUGUUUAUAUGAUUGAGAAUUGCCAAUCCGAAUGUCAUCAGGAGUACCUGGUCAGAUACUGCAAUUGCACGGUGGACUUGUUUUUUCCACCGGGUCAAUAUCGAUCCUGUAGGGCUUCGGACUUGCUCUGCCUAGCGGAACACACUGACAAGCUCCGCUACUACCACCAGCCCGGAGAGGUGUCAUAUGUCCGGAACCACAACGAGGGCAUGGUUUGCAAAUGUUUUAGAAACUGCUACUCCCUCAACUACAUCAACGAUGUUCGACCCGCCUUUCUGCCGCAGGAUAUUUACGGGAACUCCUCGUAUGUGGAUCUGGAUGUCCAUUAUCGUUUCGAGACCAUAAUGGUGUAUCGCACCAGCCUCGUCUUUGAUUGGGUGGACUUGAUGGUUAGUUUUGGUGGCAUUGCUGGACUCUUUCUUGGCUGCUCUCUGAUUAGUGGCAUGGAGCUGGCUUACUUUCUCUGCAUUGAAGUCCCCGCUUGUGGACUUGAUGGACUGCGUCGGCACUGGAGGGCUCGACGACAGAUGGAUACAUCUCCGACCACAGUGACGCCAGUACUAAAUUUCCGUCAAAACACUCCAAGUCAACUGAUGGAGCAUUAUAUUAUGCAGCUGAAAGCGGAGCAGCCGCAGCAAUUAACCCAAAAACAAAAGCUAAACUUUCAAAGAUGGCAGCGUCUUACUUUCAGCAACAAGCAUUUUAAUGACAAUUGAGGGUAAAGGUUUC